AUGAUCGUUGGAGGUGGAGGAGAGGUUGGCGGCGGCGGAGAGACGGGGGAUCCGGCUGCGACGAUGGGGCCACACGUCAUAGUUAUCCCGUUCCCGGCGCAGGGGCAGGUGACGCCGAUGCUGAAGCUCGCCGAGAUCCUGUGCCUCGCGGGUAUUCGCGUGACCUUCCUCAACUCCCACCACAACCACCGCCGCCUCCUCAGCUCCGCCGCCGUCGGCGCCCGGCUGGCCCGCCGCCCGGGGCUCCACCUCCGAUCCAUCCCCGACGGCGUUCCAGAGGACCACCCGCGCACCGCCGACCGCAUGAUGGAGCUCUUCGACUCCUUCAACGCCGCCGCGCGACCGGCGUUCCGGGAGCUCCUCCUCCUCCUGGUCUCCGGCGGAGGGGACGCUCCGCCGGUGACCUGCGUCCUCGCCGACGGCCUCCUCGACUUCCCGGUGGAGGUGGGGGAGGAAGCGGGCCUCCCCGUUUUGCUCUUCCGAACCAGCAGCGCCAGCAGUUUCUGGGCUUACUGCUGCAUCCCCGACCUCAUACAGCGAGGGGAGAUCCCCUUCCAAGGUACGAUAACUCGAAAGAAAGUACAUCAAAUUCAAAACCACCAUGGCCUUUUGGCCUUCAAAUCACACGAUAUUAUCUGACGAUGUGGUCGCGCGGCAGAUGGGGGCGACUUGGAUGCACUGCUGGGGUCCGUGCCAGGGACCGAGAGCUUCCUUCGCCGGAGAGACCUGCCGAGCUUCUGCCGAGCCAAAGUCGUCGGAGACGCCAUCAUGCAGUACGUCAAGGGGCUCAGCGAGAAGGCGAUCCGGUGCCGGGGGCUCAUCUUCAACACGACCGAGCUCGCCGAGGAAUCCAUUCUGGCUCAUAUUCGAAAACAGAUUCCUCUGGUCUACACGAUCGGGCCCAUCCACAAGCUGCUCAAGGCCGUCGAAUCCACUCCGGCGACCUGCACGGCGGAGGGCGGCGGCGGCAGGGGGUGGGUCUCCUCUUCCAACUCCUCCAGCCUCUGGAAGGAAGACCGGGCUUCCGUAGAGUGGCUGGACGGCAGGCCCCCCGCCUCCGUCGUCUACGUCAGCUUCGGCAGUGUCACGGUGCUGACCAAGGAGCAGUUCUACGAGUUCUGGCACGGGCUGGUCGGCAGCGGGUACGACUUCCUGUGGGUCCUGAGGCCGGGACUCGUGGUGGGCGACGCCGGCGACCUCCGCCAGGGGAUGAUGGCGGCGCUGCCGGUGGGAAGGAAGGAGAGGGCGUUCCUGGUGGAGUGGGCGCCGCAGGAGGAGGUGCUGGCUCACCCGGCGGUGGGGUGCUUCCUCACCCAUAGCGGGUGGAACUCCACCUUGGAGAGCAUCUGCGCGGGGGUGCCCAUGGUGUGCUGGCCCUACUUCGCCGACCAGCAGAUCAACAGCAGGUUCGUCAGCGAGGUGUGGGGGAUCGGGGUCGACAUGAAGGACACCUGCGACAGAACCCUCGUGGAGAGGGCAGUGAGGGAGGUGAUGGAGGGUGAGAGCAGCACAAAGAUGCGGGAGGCCGCCGCCGCCAUGGCGAUGACGACCAGGGAGGCCUUCGCCGAGGGUGGAUCUUCCCACUCGAGCUUGGAGAGAAUCAUCCGCGAUAUAAAGUCGAUGAGUAGUUAG